AUGGAGAAAGUCAAGCCAGGAUCGCCUACCCCGUCGGCGCACGGCAACAACCCCGAAGACGACCAGUACCACGGCCUCGAACAACUAAACUCAUACAAUGCCGCCGCAGCGACGUACCCGCAAGAUUACCAGCCGCAACAGCCGCAGCAACAACUCCACCCGUCCGACCUGCACAGCCAGAUGGGCGGCUCCAACCCGCAAUCGCGGUACUCGAGCCCGGCGCCGCAGCAGAUGAUGGGAUACGACCACACACACACGCCCAUCCCCCACGGCUCGCCCUACGCCGUGCCUUCCUACCCAUACCAACCGCAACAGCAGGGCUACGCGCUGGAUCGGAGUCACUACCCCGAGAUCCCCGACAUGGGAACCUCAACCACUCCUCAUAACGGCGGCGGCUACAGCACACCCGCGACGUCACCACCGACGCCCAUGCAGAACACCAACAACCUCAAGACGCGCAGCGGGCGGACGAUCGUACGCAGCCACGGUGCGCCGACGCUGGGCCCGCGCCCGACGGGCGUGAAGAAGGCGUCGGCGUCGCCGGCGCCCAAGCGGGCCCCCACCAAGGCGAAGCGCAAGAAGGCGACCGACGAAAAGCCCAAAGUAAUACUGCCGGCGCCGCUCAGCGUGCUCGUCAAGGACCUCACGCACAUCCACGACACCGACAUCGAGGCGUACGUGUCGCGGUCGCCCGAGGACCGGCGGCGCGAGGUGGCCACCUCGAAAGACGGCAAGAUCAAGCGGCCCAUGAACGCCUUCAUGCUGUACCGCAAGGCCUUCCAGAACCGCACGAAGGAGUGGAAGAAGCACGACAACCACCAGGUCAUCAGCCAGGUCUGCGGCGCCGGCUGGAAGAUGGAGGCGCCCGAGUUCAAGCAGCGCUUCGUCGGCUGGUCCCUGGUCGAGCGCAAUAACCACACCCUCGCCUUCCCGGACUACAAGUUCGCGCCCUCGAAGGCCAAGGACGGCGCCAAGAAACCCGCCGCGGGGUCCAAGUCGGGGUCGGGCGGGCGCAAGCGCCACGACGACGAGGACGAUGACGACGGCUCGGAUCUCGACAACUAUGAGUGGGAAGCCAACCUGCCGUCACGCAACGGGUCGCGCAGCGUAGGGCCCUACAUGUUAGAUCCGGAUUCGGAGUAUUACCCCAACGCGCCAGGCUACGGCCCAGCGUACCCGAGCCCGGCCCACCACCCUCAAUACCUCGCACGGAACCGGCAGGCGCAGGCGGCGCAGCAGGCGGCGGCGGCGGCCCAGCACGCCGCGUACCAGUCGUCGUUCCAGUACACCAACCCGGGCAAGCCGCGGCCGGCCGACUACGGCUCCGGCAUGGGGCAGGGGCAGGGGCAGUACCUGCAGCAGACGAGUCUGUACGCGCCGCAGCAUCAGGUGGGCGCGUAUUCCGGAGGCGGCGGCCUGAUGGCGCCGCCGCACCCCUACGUCGAGGAGGUGUACGCGCACAAGACGCAGUCGCCCGCGUACGGCGGAUCGCCGUCAAUCACCCAUGACCAAUACGGGUUGUACCAGCCACCGCCGUCUUCGCACCACCCUCAUAUGCAACAGCAGCAACAACAACAACAACAACAACAACAUCAACAUCAACCGCAAUACCAACCACACCCACAACAAUAUCAACCACAUCCCCUUGAAACGCACCAUAACCUAGUCGAUCCCUCGCUCAUGCAACCCCCGCCGCAGCAGCAGCAACAGCCACAGCAGCCGCAGCCGCAGCCGCAGCCGCCAAGCGACGCAUACGACGGCACGACGGGAAUCGAUGGCCUAGACGCAGACUCCUUCGGGCAGGACGGCGCGGGCAUAGGAGCAUACGCGCUGGAGCAGCACCAGGCGCUGGACAACCACGCAAGCAAUAGCGGCACGCCACAGUUCGACCAGGCGUACCACACGCCGACGCCGCCGGUGAACGCGAACGGGGCAGACGUGUUGACGGGGAGCGAGACGGCGACGUGGCAGGACGACCCGGCGAGCGCGUCGAUGCACGAGGCCGGCCUGAAUUCCAACGAGUGGGAAGUCUCCAACGAGUGGGAAGUUACUACCGACUUUUCCCAGCUCGACAAGCUACUGGAUGAGACGAGUACCCUCAAAGAAUAA